CUUUCUGUGGCGCGCGAGAUUUACCGUAAUACCAACUCACACCCCGCCGCGGGCCACACUCCUGUUACCUGUCGUGUUUGUUGACGUUGUAACCACUACAGUGGAUUUGGGUCAAGGGUUGUAACGGUUCAACGGGACACAGAAAGCAUUUCUAAAAAGACGAUGCGGGAAGACGAUUCCUCCCCAAUGGAUAGCGCUGGCAACAGCGAGGAGGAGACCGACCGCCAGCUGCCGCGGAGAGGCGCGAGGAAAAGGCGGACGGUACGGAGGAGCACGGACGAAGAGGAGGAGGGAGCCGUGGAGAGCCCCUGUCCCGGGAAAAAGAAAUGCAGAAAGAGCGGCGACGGAGAGGGAGGUAGCACCGGGAGCGGCGGCAGCGAGGCCAGCAGUAGCCCCGCGCGCUCAUUCGACGAUCUACAGACGCAGCGCGUGAUGGCCAACAUCCGCGAGCGGCAACGAACGCAGUCCCUCAACGAGGCAUUCACCUCGUUACGUAAGAUCAUUCCCACCCUACCCUCUGACAAACUCAGCAAGAUCCAGACCCUGAAGUUGGCAGCCCGGUACAUUGACUUCCUUUGCCAAGUUCUACAGAGUGACGAGCUGGACGCGCGAGGGACCAGCUGCAGCUACGUGGCGCAUGAGCGCCUGAGCUAUGCGUUCUCAGUCUGGAGGAUGGGGGGCGCGUGGUCCUUGUCUACUACGUCCCACUAGCAGUGCUGCUGCUGGUGACACAGCACGAUUACCCAGACUGAAGAACCAGUGGAUCAGGCAAACUCUUCGGAUAGAAUAAAACAGGCCAAACACACCUGGGCCCCAGUCUCAGCUGCUGUGCUUCAGGCCUCAGAGGAAAGCAGCCUUUUCAUAUUUCCCUUAGCACAGACUGAAAUGUUUGCAAGGGAGCACUUAGGACAGA